CUGGUCUAACAGUGUAGUCAGGAAGUGGGUGUUUGCUUUGAAAGAUAAUCUUCAAAGCUGAUGUGUGUACACUUGAAGAAAGCUGUCGCCAAGCGGAGUCUCCACUUUCAUUUUAAACUGUUUUAUUCUAGAAUUAUGUAUUAUUAUUUAACCAUUUAGGUUAGCUGCUGGUCACAGACACAAAGUAUGGUUAAAUAAGAAGUUACACGAGACGUAUUUAGCGUCGCUGGGCUCUCGGUCCACACUCAUGCGGGCCUGGUCCCAGCCAGAUCGUCCCCAGGCUCGACUGAAUUCGCUCCCUGAAAUGUGCGUCUGAGGCUGGGGAGAGCCGUCUUCACUGGUCCCCUGAGCACCACGGGAGGAGCCGAUUUCAUCUGCAGUUUCUCUCACACCCUCUCCGACUCCUCUCCCUUUUCCAUCCCUCCGUUCCUCUUUUCCUCGGAGAGAAUGGAAGAGAAGGACCCCAUUCGCGGCAGCCUCAACUCCUCCUACGUGCCGACGGCUCCGCCCCCUGCGUACGAGGACGGAGAGGCGGGGGGCAGCGACGGGGACGAUGCGGGGGACGGGACCCCUCUCCUGCCCGCGGAGCACCCCCUGGCGUCCCACCAGCGCCCGGAGGACACGUACUGCAUGGUCUACGCCAUCUUCUUCCUCCUGGGCAUCGGCUCGCUGCUGCCCUGGAACUUCUUCAUCACGGCCAAGCAGUACUGGCUGUACAAGCUGAGCAACAGCUCUGACCCUGCGGCUCAGGAGGAGCCCCACUCCGACCUCAGCGACUACUUUGAGAGCUACCUGGCUAUCGCCUCCACAGUGCCUUCAGUGUUGUGUCUGGUACUCAACUACCUCCUGGUCAACAGGCUGUCCUCCUCGGUGCGGAUCCUGGCCUCUCUCUUCGUGAUCCUGGCGGUGUUUGGCGUCACCACGGCGCUGGUGAAGGUGGACGUGUCGCAGCACCACUCCGAGUUCUUCGCGGGCACGCUGGCCAGCGUGGCGCUGGUGAGCGGGGCAUCGAACCUCUUCUCCGGCAGCGUGUUCGGCAUCAGCGGGCACUUCCCCAUGAGGAUCUCCCAGGCCCUCAUAUCAGGACAGGCCAUGGGAGGCACGCUCAGUGCAGUGGCCGCUGUGGUGGACCUGGCAGCUGCCAGCGAUGUGACAGACAGCGCCCUGGCCUACUUCCUCACGGCCGACGUCUUCAUCCUGCUCUGCAUCUUUAUGUACCUGCUGCUGCCCAAACUGGCGUACUCACGACACUACAUGCUAGCAGCAGCCAAUAGCAGCAGCAGGGUUCCCUCGGAGGCUCCGCCCCCGUGCGGGGACGCCGAGUCACGCGGCGGCCCGGGCGGGGCCGUCUCCGUCCCGCCCCUCCAGCCCAUCCUGAGGAAGAUGUGGCUGCUGGGCCUGUGCGUGUUCUACGUGUUCUUCGUCUCCAUCAUGGUCUUCCCCGCCGUGUCGUCCGGCAUCCAGUCCGUGCACCAGGACUCGGGCAGCCCCUGGACCACCACCUACUUCGUGCCGCUGACCAGCUUCCUCCUGUACAACGUGGCCGACUUCUGCGGGAGGCAGGCCACGGCCUGGCUGCACUGGCCGGGCCCCACCAGCCGCGCCCUGCCCGCCCUGGUGCUGGCGCGCACCGUGCUGGUGCCCCUCUUCAUGUUCUGCAACUACCAGCCCCGGACGCGGCUGCACACCGUGCUGUUCGACAGCGACCUGUUCCCCAUAGCCUUCGUCUGCCUGCUGGGCCUCAGCAACGGCUACCUGGGCACCCUGCCCAUGAUCUACGGGCCCAAGGUGGUGCCGCGGGAGCUGGCCGAGCCCACCGGCGUCGUCAUGUCCUUCUUCCUCACGCUGGGGCUGGCCGUGGGCUCCGCCUUCUCCGUGCUCAUUGUCCACUGCAUCUGACCCGGGGACGGGGGGGGGACGAGGGGGACCGCAGGGGCAAGGGGGCGGGGCUUAAACUGGACGCUGUGCACAUCCAGCCCUGGAGGAUACAAUGGCCCACUACGGCCUGUGCUUGGACCUGACUACAAACAUGGGGCAGAACAUUGGGAACUCCCAUCAUGCAUUGCAGCCCAGGAGCAGCUCAUCCCUUUGCCGUUGCCACACUAAUCUCUGUAAAAGUGGAGGUGCCUGUAGGGGUACAGCCCAGUGUUUACAGCACAGCCAGUCAAUGGACAGCCGUGAGACUUCCCAUCAUGCUUUUCACCGCAUUUCCUGGAUCUGUGUCUGUGCCUCUGCAGGACUGACCGUACUGACCUUUUAGCUUGUUUUUUUAUUGAAUUUUUAAUUGAUUUUAAAUGUCAGGUAUGUUUUAGUGAUGUUUACAGUGUUGUGUGGGCAGGUUUUAUAAUUGUGGAGAAUAUUUUUCCUUUUUAAACUGCUCAUCGGUGUCUUCUCAGUGAUGGUAAGAACGACCCCCCCUAGUGUUCGUCUACCUGAAAUGCUUUCUGAAACAUCAGUGUACUGUGGUUAUUCAGGGUUAAACACAAAUGUGUUCAGAUGUAACGGACAUAUACAAGUGUGCCUUCCUUUUUAUUUUUCUUGUCAAGUUAAGAGCCUUGAUCUCCAUUUGUCAAAGCCAUGUAACUCCAUCACUUGUCUCUGAGCUUUGAGAUAAAUAAAUCCUGUGUGCUAUGG